AUGGACUGGCGACUACUCGACUACGCCAAGGAAGCUGAGGAGACCGCAACGGGCCUACUCUCCUUCGAGAGUGAGAUCCCCCAAUAUCGCAAAGACGUCAGGAGCCAUAUCGCAGAGUUGUUUGCCAUAUCGCACGCUCUACUCGAGCUGAACGAGGCGCUGGAGUCGUCCCGCUAUGGCAGAUAUGCAGGCUUCAUACGAACGGACCUGGAGGUUUGCCUCCCGAGCUUAGGACACACGCUUGACGAUGUUCAAGAAAUAUUCACCAGGUCCAAGAAGAGCAGGCACGCUGCGCCCGGUGCUUUUCCCGGCACACCACCGUACGCACUCAUCUGGGAAGAUGCGCUUACGGAUUUCACGGCGGAAGGCAUGUCCUUGCCCAAAAGAUUCGAGACUGUUAGGACAUAUCUGCAGUGCAUGCACGAUGCUCUGAAGGGAAACCAAAAUGAGGCCGAAUUGGCUAAAUUCAAGGUCACACUGGCUAGGUUACUCAAAAAGCAGAAGCCAACGCCGAUUGAAUCUUACUUCAGUAAGCUCUCGGUACAUGGCAAUGGGAAGGGUGGUGCUAGAACACCAAAGCCGCCUUCUCCCAAGAUGUCUAGACCGAAGAUACACCAACACCCCACGUAUCCGGCAGCCCAGUACGGGUACCAGCCAGCCCCGCUACCGCUACCUCAUCGAUCUCAUAUUGCACAAACGUGGGGAGGCAUAGGGGACAUACCGUAUGUUCCUCCCCCAGUGCCAGAAAUCCCUCAGUCGCCCACGUAUUCGUCCGCAUCAUCGCAGGCCUACUCGAACCAGUCGACGGACUCAGAGCCAGUCGCUCAUUGGGCAAUGAAAAUAUUCGAUGGACGCCACGGCUCCACACCAUCUCAAAGCCCCUCGGAACCAACUGAGUGCUUCGGGAGGGAUGAACCAAGAGUGAUUGAGCUGUUAGACACCGAUGGCUUUGAAAGGAUCCUAGAACUGCCGUUCGAAGCAACUGAGGUCUGGAUAAGAAUUUACUGGAGGGCCGACGACAACCGUGCACGAAUACUCUUCCUUACUACGGAUCACAAUGGCAACCGUGUGAGGUACCAGGUCCCAAUCACCGCAUUAGCAGUACGGCGCGCAGGAUCGUGCUUGCAGCUCUGUCGCAUCAAUCGCCAAGAUGGUCAACUUGACCUGUGGGCUAGACUACGCUUCCCUCUAUAUGAACGUAUGGUACUUUUCUAUUGUACCACCAUCGCUAUGAAGCGCCAGGAUCACACCCCCAUUGCAGAGGGGCUCGAAGAUGUUUUCCUGCCAGGAGAAAGGAUUAUGUUUGCAGGUGAGACCGUUGACGGCAAGUAUCUCCACGUCUUCCGCGUCAAAUACGAUACGGACUCGGGCUGUGUACGGUUCGAAGCUACUGCUCGUCGCGGGCCCAUGAAAGACAUACCUAUCUGGACGGCAUUCGUCACGCCAUAUGUCGGACGCGGUGACUGGAUGAAGCGCGUCGGUCCAGAAACAAUCCAGUUCGAGAAGCUGCAUCCGUAUGUCUUCAGUGAUAGCUACAGGCUACCCAAAGGCCCUACGGGCAAGUACCGGUUGAGUUUCACUUCACCAGAAGACGCGAAACAAUUCAAAGAAAACUUUUAUCGCAUGAGAGUCCGUCUCUCUUCCUCUACUUUCAACCGCUCACACCUCCUCCUCUCCUCACACUCUACUCUCAAUAUGGCGAACCAGCAAGAAGCCGGAAAGAAGGACCCCCUCACGGGCAUGGCGCACUCUGAGGCGCAUUACUUCAACAGCUACAACCACCAUGGUAUCCACGAGGAGAUGCUGAAAGAUGAAGUCCGAACCAAGAGCUACCGCGACGCUAUCUACCAGAACCCUCACCUGUUCAAGGACAAGGUCGUCCUCGAUGUCGGAUGCGGUACAUCCAUCCUGAGCAUGUUCGCCGUAAAGGCCGGCGCAAAGCACGUUAUUGGUGUUGACAUGUCAACCAUCAUCGACAAGGCGAAGGAGAUCGUCGAGGUCAACGGCAUGUCGGACAAGAUCACCCUGCUACAGGGCAAGAUGGAGGAGGUUGUCCUACCCUUCGACAAGGUCGACAUAAUAAUAUCCGAGUGGAUGGGCUACUUCCUGCUCUACGAGUCCAUGUUGGACACCGUUCUCUACGCCCGCGACAAGUACCUGGUCAAGGACGGCUUGAUCUUCCCCGACAAGGCUACCAUCUUCAUGGCUGGUAUCGAGGAUGGCGAGUACAAGGAGGAGAAGAUUGGAUUCUGGGAUAACGUCUGGGGCUUCGACUACUCUCCUCUCAAGGCCACCGCCAUCACCGAGCCCCUCGUCGACACUGUCGACAUCAAGGCCGUCGUCACCGACCCCUCCCCCGUCAUCACCCUUGACCUUUACACCUGCACCGUCGCCGACCUCGCUUUCCGGUUACCGUACGAGCUCAAGGCGCGUCGCAGCGACUUCAUCCACGCCGUCAUCGCAUGGUUCGACAUCGAGUUCGCCGCCUGCCAUAAGCCCAUCCGCUUCUCCACCGGACCUCACACCAAGUACACCCACUGGAAGCAGACAGUCUUCUACCUGAAGGAUGUACUGACGGUCGAGGAGGGCGAGACCAUCAGCGGCAUACUAGAGAACAAGCCCAACGAGAAGAACCACCGCGAUUUGGACAUUAGCAUCUCAUACAAGCUCGAGGCGAACGACAUGCACAGGCAAGCAUCAGGCGAGUCACAGUACAAGAUGUGCUAG